AAUUUAUUUAUAUCACUCGGGCGAUGCAAUGGUUGACUGUGAUUAACUUAAUAUUACUUCUCCCUACAACGGCUCUCUCUGUAAUCUCUAUAUAUUAUCCUCACAUGUAUUCCUAUUGCUCCUCACAACACUAUCGCUUGUUUCUUUCUCGUAUUCUCUCUUGCUACAAUUCCAUUCAUUCUCCUUAGCUGUUUGAAAGAUGGCCGAACAAAUUCCAUUCAGUCUUAUUGAGAAGCUUUUGAUGAAGCUGGGGUCUUCAAUUUACGGAGAAAUUGGGUUGAUGUAUGGUGUCCGAAACGAGCUGGGAAAGCUUCAGGACAAACUGUCCACGAUCAAAGCUGUACUUGUUGAUGCUGAGGAGCAGCAGCAGAGGAGCCAUGCUGUAGCAACUUGGGUGCAGAGGCUUAAAGAUGUUGUUUAUGAUGCUGAUGACUUGUUCGAUGACUUUGCAACUGAAGAGUUACGGAGAAAAACGGAAGUGCAGGGAAGAUGUGCUGGACAAGUAGGUGACUUCUUCUCAUCUUCCAAUCACCUUGCUUUUCGAUUUAAGAUGGGUCAUAGAAUAAAGGAUAUUAGAGAAAGGCUAGAUGAUAUUGCAAAUGAAACCUCCAAGUUAAAUUUUAUUCCCAGAGUCAUAUCUGAUGUCCCGGUAAGGAAUAGGGGGAGGGAGACGUGCUCUGUUGUGGAGAAAUCUCAUAAAAUUGUGGGUAGAGAUGAAAACAAAAGGGAGAUAAUAGAGUUGUUGAUGCAAUCAAGUACUCAAGAAAAUUUGUCAAUGGUUGUGAUUGUAGGCAUAGGGGGCUUAGGCAAGACCACCCUUGCUCAGUUGGUUUACAACGACCAAGGGGUGGUAAGCUAUUUUAAUCUUAAAAUGUGGGUUUGUGUUUCGGAUGAUUUCGAUGUAAAAGUACUGGUUAGAAAUAUCAUAAAGUCUGCAACUAAUAGAGAUGUGGAAAACUUGGAGUUAGAUCAGUUGCAAAAACGUCUUCAAGAAAAGUUAGAUGGGAAGAGGUACUUGCUUGUGUUAGAUGAUGUCUGGAACGAGGACAAAAGGGAAUGGGGUCAGUUCAUAACCUUAUUGCCUGUUGGUGCAAAUGGGAGUAAAAUCUUGGUGACCACUCGAAGCACAAGAGUUGCAUCAGUUAUAGGAAUUGAUUCCCCAUAUAUUGUGGAAGGUCUUAAAGAUGAUGAGUCUUGGGAUUUGUUUGAAAGUCUUGCAUUUAAAAAGGGAGAAGAGCAAAUGCACCCAAACCUUGUAGCCAUAGGAAAAGAAAUUGUAAAGAUGUGCAAAGGAGUUCCUCUUGUCAUCGAGACUUUAGGCGGAAUGUUGUACUUCAAUACCCAAGAAAGCCAUUGGUUGAGCAUUAAAAAAAAUAAAAAUCUUGUACUUCUUGGAGAAAAAAAUGAUAUUUUACCGAUAUUGAGGUUAAGCUAUGACAAUCUUCCCGUCCAUUUGAAACAAUGUUUUGCCUAUUGUGCAUUGUUUCCCAAAGAUUAUAUAAUUCAAAAAAAGUUGUUAGUACAACUAUGGAUGGCACAAGGUUACCUUCAACCAUAUGAUGAGAAUAUAGAUUUAGAGGAUGUUGGUAAUCAAUAUUUUGAAGAUUUAUUGUCAAGGUCAUUGUUUCAAAAAGUUGAAAAUAAAAAUACAAAUAAUAUAGUAAGUUGUAAAGUGCAUGACUUAAUGCAUGAUCUUGCACAAUCCAUUGUAAAGUCUGAGAUUAUCAUUGUAACAGAUGAUGUGAAGAUUAUUUCACAUAGAAUUCAUCAUGUGUCAUUAUUUACAAAACACAAUGAAAUGCCCAAGGAUUUAAUGGGCAAAUCCAUCAGGACUUUCUUUAACAGCGCCGGCUUUGUGGAUGAUCAUGAUGGUUCUAUAACUAGACUCCUUUCAAGCUUAAAAGGUUUGCGGGUAAUGAAGAUGAGGUUCUUCUUACGAUAUAAGGCUGUGUCAUCUUUAGGAAAACUAAGUCAUCUAAGAUAUCUUGAUCUUUCUAAUGGGUCGUUUGAAAACCUCCCAAAUGCUAUUACAAGAUUGAAGCAUUUACAGACAUUGAAGCUUUUCUAUUGUUUCGGUCUGAAAGAAUUGCCGAGAAAUAUGAAAAAAUUGAUCAACCUAAGGCAUCUUGAGAUUGAUGAAAAAAAUAAAUUAAGUUAUAUGCCACGUGGGUUGGGAGAUUUGACUAAUCUUCAAACCUUGCCAUUAUUCUGCGUAGGGAAUGAUAGUGGCGAAUCCAGGCACAAGAGAAUGGGUAGGUUGAAUGAACUGAGAUUCCUUAACAAUCUCAGAGGACAACUACAAAUUAAAAAUCUUUCAAAUGCGAGAGGCAGUGAAGCUAAGGAAGCCAUUUUGGAGGGUAAACAGAGUCUUGAGUGCUUGAGAUUAGAUUGGGAGGGACAAGAAGCUACCGACGAGAGUGAGGAGGACGAGAGUGAGGAGGCAGUGUUAGUGAUGGAAAGCCUGCAACCACAUCCAAAUCUGAAGGAGCUCUUCAUAAUUUGUUACACAGGUGUGAGAUUCCCAAAUUGGAUGAUGAAUGAUGGGUUGGAUUUGUUGCUCCCAAACCUAGUGAAAAUUCAAAUAACGUCUUGCAACAGAAGCAAAGUUCUGCCACCUUUUGCACAACUCCCUUCUCUUAAAUAUCUAGUACUUUUCGAUCUAAUUGCUGUGGAGUGCAUGAUGGAUUACCCUUCAUCAGCAAAGCCAUUCUUCCCAUCUCUGAAGACACUCCAACUUUCUCUUUUGCCCAAUUUGAAGGGAUGGGGAAUGAGGGAUGUAGCAGCAGAGCAAGCUCCUUCAUAUCCUUAUCUUGAGGAUCUACUGCUGAACAACACCACUGUGGAGCUAUGCUUACAUUUGAUCUCUGCCUCUUCUUCAUUGAAGUCUCUGUCUAUUAGAUGCAUAAAUGAUCUGAUAUCUCUGCCAGAGGGGCUUCAACAUCUUUCCACCCUACAAACUCUCAAAAUUGAGCAUUGCUAUGGUUUGGCAACUUUACCAGACUGGAUUGGCAGCCUCACAUCACUUUCAAACCUUUCCAUUGAAUGCUGCCCUGAGUUGAGAUCACUACCAGAAGAGAUGCGAUCCCUCCGCCAUCUACACACACUUGAAAUCUAUAGAUGUCCAUACUUAUAUGAAAGAUGCCAAAAGGAAACUGGUGAAGAUUGGCCUAAGAUUUCUCAUAUUCCCGAAAUUAUCAAUCGGGGAUGGUGAAGCAGAUAUGUGAAGCUUGCCUUGUCUCUUUAAUGAAUGCGUCAUCCACAACAAAUUUCGGUGGAGGAUAACCGAUGCAUAUGGAAUGAGUUAGCUCACUUACAUCACAUUCCCAACCUAUACCCUUUUUAGCAUGUUGUCCAUACUUUGUCUCCACUAUUCAGAACAACAAUAUACCACUUGAGCAAGGAAGGAGCACAUAUUAUUGAAUCCAUGUGGUAAGUGGUUAAUUCUCGUCUCUCAAGUUUCUUGAUCGUGGGAAUCUAAAUGCUUUGGGGUGCAUGGAUAACAAUAGCGACAUAUCUCCCUCAUUUUCAUUGAGAGGCAAGUUGGUUUGAGGGGAGUAUAAAAUAAGGAGAACUAGCAGGACCAUUCUUCCCAUUCCUGCCAUGAUGGAGGAAAAGAGAUGGUGGAGGGAUAGUAUCAAUAUCACUAGCAAAACAACAAAUUUGAAGGGAUUACCCAUCAUCAGCAAAGCCAUUAUUCCCAUGUCUGAGGACACUCCAACUUUUUUAUUUGCCCAAUUUGGAGGGAUGGGGAAGGAGGGAUGUAGCAGCAGAGCAAGCUCCUUCAUAUCCUUAUCUUGAGGAUCUACAGCUGGGCAACACCACUGUGGAGCUACGCUUACAUUUGAUCUCUGUCUCUUCUUCAUUGAAGUCUCUGUCUAUUAGACGCAUAAAUGAUCCGAUAUCUCUGCCAGAGGGGCUUCAACAUGUUUCCACCCGACAAACUCUCACAAUUGAAUAUAUCUCUGGUUUGGUCACUUUACCACACUGGAUCGGCCGCCUCACAUCACUUUCAAAGCUUCGCAUUGAACACUGCCAUAAUUUGUUAUUUCUGCCAGCAGAGAUGCGAUCCCUCCGCCAUCUACACACACUCGAAAUUUGUGGUUGUGCACACUUAUAUAGAAGAUACAAAUACAAAACUGGUGAAGUUUCGGCUAUGAUUUCUCAUAUUCCCGAAAUUAUUAUUUCGCGACAUUGAAGCAGUAGAACAACAAUACUCCACUUGAGCAAGGAGCACAUAUUACUGAAUCCAUGUGGCAAGUGGUUAAUUCUCGUCUCUCAAGCUUCUUGAUCAUGGGAAUCUAAAUGCUUUGGGAUGCACGGAUAACAAUAGCGGCAUAUCUCCUUCAUUUUCAUUGAAAGGCAAGUUGGUUUGAGGGGAGUAUAAAACAAGGAGAACUAGCAGGACCAUUCUUCCCAUUCCUGCCAUGAUGGAGGAAAAGAGAUGGUGGAGGGAUAGUAUCAAUAUCACUAGCAAAACAACAGAUUUAGAUCUAUAUAACAUCUCUUCCACAAGAGGAGCCCUAAGUGCUUACCUCUCUUAAUUUGAUUCAUUCUAUUGUUGACCAAUACCAAAGGGGUGAUAUUGAGGAUUGGAUGGAUGCUUUUCAACAUUCCAUAAAUAAAUAUUGACAUGUUAUUGGUACCCGAGGCAUAUGGGAAAAGUUAGCCAUUCAAUUCGAUAUUUAAGCUUUGCAUGUUGUCUAUAACAUGUCUUCAUUAUUCAGGAAGGGUGAAACAAGGAGAAUUAACAGGAUUAUUCUUCUCAUUUCUGCCAUGAUGGAGAAACUCAAAAAUUAGAGAAACUUAAAACAUAUGUCGAGGUGGUAGUGGCAUUACCAGAUAAACAACAGAAGCUUCAUUCUUGCCAUGUUUUCCUUUUCUUCCUAUUCUCCUUAAGCCGACAUCCAUGCCACUGCAUCUAUAUCUUAAGGAUCCACAGUACCAUCUCCUUCAUUUCCUUUCUCCUUCCUACAUCCAUUGACGUCUAUGCAUAUUGAUGGCGAUAGAGAAUCCAACAUAUGUUCCAAAAAAAGGAUUUUGGUACAUCAUUUCUCUCUUAAAUUUUGACAUGCCAUUGUUUAUUUGUCCAAGUCUAGAUAUUCGAAAUGUAAAUGCUAAUGGUGGUGAAAUCUUAUGUCUUAGGGAAUUUCAGCAAGUUAAAGAUUUUUUAUGUGAAUGUAGGAAUCAAUUCUAAGAACUCGAGAGGUAGCAUCCAAUAUGUAUUCACCUUACUACAGCAAAGAAUCUAACACUUUGGGUAAGUGUUCAUUCUUUAACUUAGGAAAAAUAGAUGGUAAGUCACCUCACUAAGCUUCUUGUUAUUCAUUGUCAAGCUUGAAAUCACUACUAGAGGGAUGUCAAAAGGAAGCAUGUGCAGAUUGAUCCUAUGGCUUAUCAUGUCCCAAGAAUUCAUAUCUACCAGUCUCAAAUAGCUAAUGCACAAAGGACCUAUUCUCUGUUUACAAUUCGGGUGCACUAUCUGCAAUGCUUGUUCUAAGGUUUGCUAUGCCAACUUUUUUUCCUUCUUUUGAUGGCUACUUUAUUUCUUAUUUUACAUUCAAUUUGUUCCAAUUCUUAUUUUAUAAGUUAUGUAUUGUUGGUGCAUAUGGAAUGAGUAAAUUCACUUGCAUCAUUAUGUCUCUAUUAUUCAGGUAUGUCACUCCACUUCCUCUUCCCACCUCAAAACUCUUUAUAGCUUAGUUCUUCACUACAAAUUUCGUAAGAACUAUAAAAGCUCAAAUUCAACUAUUGUAUUUUAGUUGUUCAAAGCAAUAAAACAGCAAACAACAACUAGUUGAGUGAGCGGCUCGUACUACCGACUUGAAGUGCUUGAUUCAAUUUAUUGUUAGGUGCCUAAACAAGCCUUUAUAUAUAAUUCUUAACUGAAAAUGAGUAAUAUGAUGUUUAGUGUGGAUGUCCUCUUCUAUGACACGAGAGUAAUAAUUUCUUGUUGUUUUGCCCUUCUUUUGUUAGGAGGAAUUAUAUUGCCUAUUGCUAAGGGAAGAAGUUGCUAGAAUCUAAUACUGUGAAAGUGUAAAUUUUGGAGUUUCUUUGUAAUUGCAUUGUAAGAUCAUCUAAUCUCUAAGUGAAAAAACUCUUGGCUACAAUUGAAGCAUUCCAUUAUGUACAUAAUGUUGUUAGCUUUAUUGAUUUGGCAGGCUUAUUUCCCAAGUCUUGUAAUCAAGUUGUUGGUUCCAAUAUCGUUGAACAUUCAUGACAUAUAGAUCUUCUAAUUUGCAAGCUCCUAUGACAUCUGUCAAACUCAACAAAGGAAAAAAGAUUGAGCUACAUAUUUGACCUCAAAGCAGAGAGAGUUAAUCAUUUUGAUGAGGUACAUAUGGUGAGAAUCAAGUUUAAUCGAACUAUCCUUGGGACUGAUUUUUACUGGAAGAUAACCUCAUAUUUCAUAAUGUCAUUCAUUGUUGGCAUACAAAAGCUCAAUCAUUAAACAACUUAUGAAAUAAAAGGGUGGUCGAUUAAGAGAGGAAGAAUGGAUUCAAAAGUUGAUCUCCACUUCCCACGCUUUUGAAGGCUUCAAUCAUGACUCAAAGAACAAGUUGGUUUAUUUAAAGGUUUUGGAAUCUCCUUGCAUGUUGUGGAAGUGUAUUUAGCUUCUAAAUAAAAGUAGAAUUCAAAUCCAGUAUCAACUUUCAAUUACUACAAAUUGCCACUCAAAUCUCCUUACAACCUUUCUAUUAGUUGUUUCUUUAUGCUUCUUCAAUGAUACUAUUAACAUUAUUUUAUGUUACUUUUGAUGGAAUCAUUUUCUAAUAUUUGUCUAUUUGGAUAUUGUAAUUUUUGGAUGAAACAUGAGUUGUUUCUUCUACUCUUCUACUCUAUUGUACUUCAUCUUUCUUACAUGGGCAUGCCCAAGAUUCUUGUGAAUCAUGUAAAUUUAGUGAUUGUUGCUUA